UUCCAUAGUAUUUCCCCCCCAUAAUAUGGAAGUCUAUGGGGACCAGCAACUGUUUGGUUACUAACAUUCUUCAAAAUAUCUUCCUUUGUGUUCAUCAGGAAAAAGAAACUCAUACAGGUUUGAUGACAGAGUUUUCAUUUUUGGGUGAACUAUCCCUUUAACUGAUAUGAGGUCAUAAAAACAUCAUCUCUAAUAAUUUGACCAAAGAUAGAAAUAGUUUAAAUCUGUUGCAGACAAAAAUGUCACAAUGUCACAUCAUUGGACGCCCAUGUCAAUGCUUGAAAUUUCCUGUCAACCACCCAAAAACUAAUUCGAUCAACCUAAAUAUAAUUAGAAUUGGCAUGUUUCUCCUUAAAAGUUCCUCCCAGCCCAGCUAUUUAGGGAUCACAUUUACACAAGCACACAAAAAAUGACCAAACAGCAAUACACUGAGUUUGGAGAUUAGAAAUUGUGGCCCUGUCUUAGAGGAUCAGCUUAAGGGAUAAAUCUCAGACACAGACCCACUUCAGAUCACUCACCAAACGCGUUCAGGACCUGCAGCUCCAGAGCCAAGAAGGGAAAAGCAAUUGUUUACAAAACAUCUUCACAGAAUCACUCAGGAGGCAAAAACAAUGUUUGAGUUCUUGAGUAACGAUUGUUCGUGGACGUGCUGCUUGAGUGCGUUUGUGGUGCUGUGGGUUCUGGUGUGGUUCUACCGGGACAACCUUGAGAUUUCCAAGGUCUCAGAGAAGCACGUCUUUGUGACCGGUUGUGACUCUGGUUUCGGACACCUACUGUGUAAACGCCUGGACAAACGUGGUUUCCGCGUCCUAGCCGGGUGUCUCACGGAAAAGGGCGCGGACGAUCUGAAGAGGGCGACGGGACCUUUCCUGAAGACCUGCAUCUUGGACGUGACCAGCACAGCCAGCAUUCAGAAGGCUGUGGAAUGGACCAAAAAAGAAGUUGGAGAUAAAGGACUUUGGGGUUUGGUGAACAAUGCCGGACGUGCUCUUCCAAUGGGACCAUCUGAGUGGAUGAAAAUCGAAGACUUUGAAAGCACGCUUAAAGUCAACAUGAUUGGUGUGAUCGAGAUGACCAUGAACUUCUUCCCUCUUGUGAAAAAGGCCCGUGGAAGAGUGGUGAACGUGGCGUCAGUGUUGGGUAGAGUGGCAGCCAAUGGCGGCGGUUAUUGCAUCUCGAAGUUCGCGGUGGAGAGCUUCUCCGACUGUCUCAGGAGGGACAUCCAGAAUUUUGGGGUCAACGUGUGCAUCAUCGAACCUGGUUUCUUCAAGACGCAGGUGACCAGCUUGGAGCCCAUCGAGAGGGAACUUCAUCGCCUCUGGGACCAACUGACCCCUGAAGUGAAAGAGAGUUACGGAGACAAAUACUUGGAUAAAUACAUCAAUAUCCAGAGGCUGAUUAUGAACACCAUAUGCGACUCUGACCUCAGUAAAGUGACCAACUGCAUGGAACACGCCCUGCUGGCCGCCCACCCAAGAACACGCUACAGUGCAGGCUGGGAUGCCAAGCUCCUGUGGAUCCCCUUGUCUUAUAUGCCCGCUUGCUUUGUAGAUAUUGCGCUGAAGCUGGUGAUGCCAAAGCCAGCAAAAGGUGUCUAGAUUUAGAGUGUGGUUAAAGGUCAUUUUAGGCUAGAUACUUUUAACUCUUUCCUUUGGUUCCCUU